AUACAAAUGAUAGCUAAUUAACUCGACUGCCACAAAUUGAAGUUGCAGACCUUAUGGCUUUGUAUUGUGGGUAUUGUAGUCCACGGCUAAUUCGAAAUAACUUAACGUUCACUAUCACGUUAUGGCUGCCUGCUCUUGGACGGUGAACUGUACAGAAUGUCUGCCGUUGGGCUGCUUACACGCCUGGAGUGGACAAGUAAGACGAUGACAGUUGCACCGAGGUGACCGUGGCGAGGGCGAGUACACAACGCAGAAGCCAGUGGGUCCAGGCAUUCGUAUAAACCUUCUGCACAGAGAAGUGGGUGACUGAGUUUGACUUGCCGGCCAAGCCCAGAUUAGCUGAUGUAUGGCUUGUUCCUUCAGCUAAAUACGCCAUCAGGGGACCCCGGUGUGCAGGAAACCGUGCUCACACUUCAUCCCCAUCAGUUGCAAAAACAGGAUAUUUGUACGCGUCCGUGCCUGCCAUGGGUUUCCUGAGGAUCCUCUCUAGCACUAUGGCAAGGAUGAGUACCUUCAGAUCUUACCAAAUGGUACUGCUCUUGGCAGCCGCGCUGGCCGUGGUUGCCUUCUACUACUUUGGUUCGGAGCGGCACAGUUUUUCCAGCACCACGAAACGCAUCAGACAGUCCCAAGCUAGCCAGAACGCGAACCGAAACGACGCAGACCUUUCUCUAGACACCAGACCGGAGCACAAGGAAUCGAAGAUUGCUUUAGAGGCAAAUGACGCCGCGCGACAGGGGGACGCGAGUCCUGCGUCAGUUGAAUACCACGCGCUCAUGAUGUUUACCAAAGUGGACAAGAGUAGGGGGCUGCAAGCAAAAUUCCAGGUAGCCGUGAGGUCCAUGGCGAAGCACGGCAGCUUCCUGGAAGGUGAAGCGCUCGUGCUUCACUUUGUGAGUGACGAGGCCAGCCGAGAGCUUGGCGAGAAGAUGCUGCCCGAACUGCUCAUGGACGCGACCUUUCUGUACCAGGUGGUGUUCCAUGAUGUGAGCAGCCUGUCGGAGAAGCUCCUCCCCAUCGUGGAGGUGAUGCAGAAGCACUUCAGCGCUGGAUCCGGCGCUUACUUCAGCGACGCCAUCUUCUUCCUGUCUGUGGCCAUGCACCGCAUCAUGCCUGCAGAAAUGAAGCGCAUCGUGCAGCUGGACCUGGACCUGAAGUUCCGGAGCAACAUCCGGGAUCUGUUUCAGGAAUUCUCCCACUUCCCGCCCGGAGCUGUGAUCGGAAUCGGCCCCGAGCUGCAGCCGGUGUACAGGCACAUGUUCUGGCAGUACCGGAAGGAGAACCCCAAGUCCAAAGUGGGCGAGCCCCCCCCGGACGGGCAGCCGGGCUUUAACAGCGGGGUGAUGCUGCUGGACCUGGAGGCCAUGCGCCGCUCGGCUCUGUACAACCAGCUGCUGGAGCCGGGCCGGGUCGCCGGGCUGGCCGAGAAGUACCACCUGCAGGGGCACCUGGGCGACCAGGACUUCUUCAGCCUGAUCGGCAUGGAGCACCCCGAGCUCUUCAGCCCGCUGCCCUGCGGCUGGAACCGCCAGCUGUGCACCUGGUGGCGCGACCACGGCUACGGCGACGUCUUCCAGCUGUACUACCGCUGCGAGGGCCCGGUGCACAUCUACCACGGCAACUGCAACACCUCCAUCCCCGACGACUGAGCGUCACCGCGGCAACUGCAACACCUCCAUCCCCGACGACUGAGCGUCACCGCGGCAACUGCAACACCUCCAUCCCCGACGACUGAGCGUCACCACGGCAACUGCAGCACGCCCAUCUCUCGAUGACUGAACAUUACCACGGCAACUGCAACAAGCCCAUUCCUGAUAACUGACCAUUCCCACGGCAACUGCUGCGACCCUUCCCAAUAACUGUCAUUACCAUGGUAACAGAGACUGAGCAUGUUUUCAUGGCUACAUGCCUGUCACCAGUGACUAAAUGCAUUACCAUGGAAACAUGCACAUCUCUGACAGCUAAGCGCAUUAUCACAGCAAUAGUCAAUAGUCUUCCCUGAUGACUGAACACAAUUACCCCAGCAAACUACAAGAAACCCAUCCCUGACAAUCCCUGUUUUCUUCACUGUUACAUGACGCUAGCUGUACAGGGUUUCAAGUGAACUGUGUUUAACAUACCUCUGAGGAGUGUACGUUAGCUGCCCAAGUGUUCCAUCUCUGGGGCUUUUAGGAACAGAGAUGUUGGAACACCUGGUCACUGUCCCCUUGACAUUUUGCAGGACAGACCAGCAGGUCUGGAAGUCAGACGUCAAACGUGCACCGCAAGCUCUUCAUCUGAAAGGUCUUCAGUUCAGGCUGAAUUUCGCAGCAAACCAAAAAUCACCUGUAAGUUGGGAUUCAAGUGAAAUGUUUGUGAGUCUCAGUCUUCAUGUUUAGCUCGGGUGCCUUGAGAUGUUCAUCCCUGUGCGCGUCUUCAUUGCAUCUCUGGACUCUCAAUCAAACUGUGGGGCAGGUGGGGGGUGGGGGGGACGGCAGAUGGGUGGGGGGGGUCACCAGCACGGCGUCGCCGCGUGACGAUCUGAGGCGGGGGCUGGCCUCGCGCCAGGACCCGCCAUUUUAUCCCGCUAACGCCGGCCGCAGGUGAGGAUGGCGACGUUCCAGUCACCUCGCCUCUGUUCCCCCCCCCCCCCCCCCCCUUAAUCCUCCCGUGGGGAGGCCGGGGGUCUGGCUCCUGCCCAGCUUCUCCUCCAUGCUACGCUAACGCGCGCCAGCUGGGCUGUGCGUUAACCUGGUUUAUAAUGCGCCGGAUCCGCGGUACGGCACGGGGAACCGCUCUGAGAACUUCCACAGAGCUCUGAGAACUUCACUCAUCUGUCAUCCUUUCAUUUUUAUGUACUGUACACGGGAAUGAUGGACUCACAUAAAUAAUCAGUAUGAUAAUAAAGGGCUGUAUUUCAGUUUCGAUGCCCCCCCCCACCAUCUCUGUGUAUGUCCAAUCAGGGGCCGGCAUUUGGCACUGUGGCCCUGUGUGAUGGUAUUGCCUGCUCUAAGUGGGUACAGACAGGCCUUGGGGGCUGGUGGUGGUGCCCUUAUGGGGUUUGGGUGCCGGUACGACACAAACGCUCCAUCAGAAGCGGGAAGUCAAAGCAGGGGCGUGUCAGCGGGCGUCGUGAUUGGCUUGUUCCCUCACGUCGACCCGCAGGCCGAUCGAUCCGAGAAGGUUCUGGAGAAAGCGCUUCGGGACCGCGUCCAAGCGAGUGUAACGAUGGCAGCAGUACGUUAAAAAAAUGAAAAGAAAAGA